AUGCAACUUGUUACCAGGUUCUCACUCAAUCUCUUGGGACUUGCUAUGCAGUGCUAUUGGUCAGCCAUUUCAGUCGGACAAGAAACUCAGACUAUUGAGCUUAACGGUGACAUAAUACUGGGAGGACUUUUCCCAAUUCAUCGUCGAAGCAAACAAACCGAAAAUGCGUGUGGCAAUAUCGACCCACAUCCAGGAUUCCAAUACUUAACUGCAAUGCUGUUUGCCAUUGAGGAAAUCAAUAACAAUCCGAACCUCCUCCCAAACAUUACCCUCGGGGCGAAGAUCUACGACACCUGCCGAAGUCAGACGAUUGGUGCCGAUCGCGCUAAAGACAUCAUAAAAUAUACAUUAGUCGACCACAGUCCACCCUUGGCGGGUGUUAUCGGUCCUUUCGUAAGUGAUGUUUCAAUCGCAGUAGCAAAUUUACUGCGUGUGUUUAACAUUCCCCAGGUCAGUUAUGGAUCAACUAGCGCGGAUUUAAGCAACAAGGAGAUUUAUAGUUACUUUUUUCGUACCGUCCCACCUGAUUCCUUUCAGGCUUACGCCAUGGUGGAUGUACUGAAGGAGUAUAAUUGGGAUUACAUAUUCACAGUCAACUCUUAUGGAAAUUACGGACAGAAAGGAAUGGCUGAGUUACGAAAAGCUGCCCAAGCAGCAGAGAUUUGUGUUGCGCAUUCUGCGCAACUCCCAAGUCUGCCUAACAACGACGAUUUUAAAAAAGUGAUCGACGACUUCCUCAGGAAAAGAACGGAAAAUUCCAAGACAGUCAACACUGUUGUGAUAUUCACCACCCAGGCCGACUCGGCUGACUUGCUUCACGCCGCUAAAGAGGCUGGGGCGACGCAGUUUACCUGGGUUGGGAGCAACGGUUGGAGCAAUCGUGUUGACGUCACAGAAGGAAGGGAAGAGGUAGCCGAUGGCUCUUUGACCGUCAAUCACCUGGAGGGAGAAGUCCAGCGAUUCCAUACAUACUUCAGGAAUUUAACACCGAGUGACAACAAGUUUAAUCCCUGGUUUGGAGAGUUUUGGGAAGCAGUUGUGAAGUGCAACAUGCCGGGAAAGGGAGAAAACAAUCCACUGAUGUCGAGAAGUUGUGCAGGUGAAGAAAGGCUGCCUGUUGACAUAGAAAUGGCGCCCGUUCGAGUGGUAAUCAAUGCAGUUUACGCCAUGGCGCACGCUCUACAUAACCUACAACAAGUCUACUGUCUAGGGGUGGCAGGGUUGUGUCAAAACAUGACCAGAAACUUUCAAAGAGAGAAAUUGCUUGAUUUCUUAAGAAAUGCGAGUUUCUCAGACUCGGCGCUAAACUUCAGUAUCCAUUUCAAUCAAAAUCAAGAAAUAGACGGAAUUUACGACAUCAAAAAUUUUCAUAUAGGGACAGGUGGUAAGUGGACUUACUCUAAUGUUGGUAAAUGGCAAGGAAGGCUGAUAGCGGGGAAACAAGUCCGAGGAAAACUGAAAAUAAACGAAUCGGCCAUAGACUGGGGAAGAAACAAAUCUCAUCCUCCUAGUUCCUUUUGUAGCAGGGCCUGCAAUGAUUCCCAAAUUCGCAAACCCAGAAGCCGAGCUCCCAAAUGUUGCUGGGAUUGUAUAAACUGUGAAGCCAAUGACAUCAUCAAAGAUGAAACCUGUCAGUCAUGUCCGCUUGGCUACUCUCCCAGCGACAACUUGUCAGUUUGUAUAAAAAUACCGGUUCUGUAUCCAGAAUGGUCAAGUACGCCCGCGGUAACCAUUGUCAUCUUUGUUGUUUUAGGAGUGCUUAGUGUUAUUGGAACAGCGGUGCCUUACAUCAAGCACAGACGUCACCAUCACAUCAAAGCUGCAGGAAGGGAGUUAAGCGCCAUCGUGUUCAUGGGAAUCAUGCUCUGUUACAUAACACCGCUCACAUUCCUGGGCAAACCGACAGACACGAUAUGCAGCGCACGGCGUUUUCUGGGAAGCGUAUGUUUUACAACGUGCUAUGCUCCUGUGCUCAUGAAAACAAUUCGUAUUUACCGCAUCUUCAAAAGCGCUCAAAGCUCAGUUAACCGGCCUUCACUUACCCGCCCGGGAUCCCAAGUCUUCAUUUCCAUGGGGCUAAUAGCAGUACAGCUGUUACUAACCACACUGUGGUACAUCUCAGAAGUACCCGAGGUCGAAGAGGUGUAUCCCUCUGAAGGGACUGUCAUCUUGCAGUGUGUAGUGAAUGAGUAUUCCUUGAUAGUUCAUAUUUGCUAUAACUCUCUUCUCAUGUUUCUCUGCACUAUCUUUGCGUUUAAAACGAGAAAUUUCCCCAGAAAUUUCAACGAAGCCAAAUACAUCGGCAUCAGUAUGUAUCUAACGUGUUCUGUGUGGAUAAUCUUCAUCCCAAGUUAUCUUAAUGCGUCCAGUUCUUACGUACGAGCUUACUUAACAUCCGGAACUCUCAUUGUGAUCGCAACAAUAACACUGUGUGGACUUUUGGUUCCCAAAGUUAUCAUACUCUUCUCCGCAAAUUGGCUAAACCCUAGUGUUUCUGAAUACAGCACCACAGUUCCAACAUGUAACACAUCAAACCGCAAGCUAAACAGAAGCAUGUGUACGGGCGCACAGUUGCCAAGGAGUAAGUCUUUUGAGAUGAGGACAGCGUCGAACAACGAAGCUUCAUCUCAGUUCCUCACAGUUACAUCAACUGCAACGAGCACGUCAAAUUUACCCAAAAUGACAAUGUCGGUUAUUUCGUAACGUGCUCAUUCGAUGUCUGACGAAUUUAAUAUCGUUGCAGAUGGCCUCUGUCCACCAUGCACGUCAUUGAAGUUCAAACUUUGACUUCAUAAUGUAGCGUCAGAUGCCGGUCAAUUCCAAUGUUGCCUGGUCUGCAGUUACCACCAUUGUACUCCCCGUAAAAAACUGACUCGAGGCCGCCUGUAGCUGACCAAGCUUAUCCAGGAUUUUUCCGCAUCAUGAAGGUGUCUAUGCAACUAUACACUAUCGCCAGU